AUACACAGAGAAAUCUCAAACCUGAACUUCAUCACUGCUUUGAAUACAAUCCAAUAUUUUUAUACAUACUACUCAAAUAGAGCCCAAUCAAAGUUCAAUACAAGGGUGCAGGCUCCUCGUGCUAAUAGAAAGAGAAUUGUGUUUCAUUCAAACACAAAGUUCAAGAAUAUGUGUAUACUUUAGUAGCAGAAUACAAUGGAUAUAUCUUCUAAGCAUUAGCCAGUGUCUUUGAUCAUCCACGGUGCUCCGUGAAUAAGAGGACUUGUUCAAGGGUCAACAGAUUGAGCAACCAAGACUUCAACAUGAGGGUACUAUAUGCAAUAUUGCUUGUUCUACAAGCCUCUCUGCCAAUCCUCUCUGCUGAGGUCUAUGAGGAUGACUCUAUCACCUUGAUGUUUCAGGAGUCGAUGGAUGAAACCAGUGUUUACACUAUCCUCUUCAAUGAGGUAACCAUCUUUGACAAUGGCUUUCCUGUAGAAGGGGCGCUUCCUGAAGAACAGCUUAGCAGAAUGGACAUUCUGGAAUCCUCAUCCGGGAACACUAUCAAUGUCAAUCUUACCAUACAGAAUGCAGAUAGAACAGAUGCUGGGACAUAUUCCCUGCGCAUCAAUCCUACAACCGAUUCUUUCAUGGAAGAGAACAUUGACUUGUUGGUGAUCUUCGCACCAUCGGAUCUAGAGUGUGCCGUUUUCAAUGAUACCAUCUCCUGCAAUGCUACACCAGGGUAUCCUCGGGAUGGGAUCAUAAGCUGUUACCAAGGGAGUGAGAAGCUACAGGGUAUCCAACAGGACAAAAGUUCUGUGACCAUUGCUGCUAGGUACAGAUUGUCACUUGAGGACACUUCCAUUGGCUGCUGCACAGAGAACAGUGCCUUUGUCUUUACAUCAGGAAACUGUAAUCAGUUUACUUGGUUCACUCCUCAAAGAGUCCAAGCUACCACGACCAACCUCCCACCGCAGAACGUAACAAGACGUAAACCUGGGAACAUGACGAGGGUGCCUACAACAACCAAUGUCCCAUUGGAAACUGACAUUCUUUACCAAAAGGGCUGGCUGACUCAAAACAGGGCAGUUAUUGGUUUUAUGUGUGGGAUUCUAUUUGUCCUUGUCGUAAUGUACCCAUUCGGAAUGACAUACCAUUUCAGGGUUUACAUGAAAGAACCGAAAAAGUAUGUUUCUGAUAGCAAAGGCAGAGGACACUUCACUUCCGUAUCCUCAGUAUAAAUUUCUUUUGAAAGAGUUCUGAAUAAUAGAUAUUGCAAAGUUCUUGAAAAGCCAUUAUGGUGGCUUGCUCUGCAUAAACAUUGUUUUCACAAUAUUGGAAUUCAGAGACAUGGUUGGUGAUGUACAUAUGUAGCAAUAAUAUGAAUAGGAACAUCAAAAAAUUGUAAAAGUGAAUUUAAAACAAGCAGCAAUUCAUGAAAAUAUAUAAUAAUAACAUUUGAUUAAAUGCUUAAGGCGCUUAGAAGAGAGCAAACAUGAAAGUAAAGAAAACACUUUAGAAUAGUACAAGAAAGGAUAAAUUACAAAUGCGAAAAAUGUCUGUCUUCAAACCCAUAGUACCUGCUGGUGAACAAAUGCAAUUUUAGGUUUCCCUUAAAGGAUGUUGCAGAGUUUGAGUUCUUCAGCUCUGGCUAGUCCGGCAUGAGCAAAGGCCCAAUCGCCCCAGGAUUUUUUAGAUAGUGGAAUAUGUACUAGAUUGGGAUGAUUGCAGUGUGUGUGCAGUUUGAUAGUGGUAUAAGAGACUUGUAAUCAUCUGCGGAUCUAUUGAUCAUAUGAUAAACAAAAAGAAGAAUUUUGAAAACUACGCAAUCCACUAUAGGCAACCAAUGGAGGUCUUUAGGAACAGGAGUGAUGUGAUCGUGCUUAUUUGACAGAGAAACAAUGCAAGCUGCUGAAGUUUUUGAAGUUGGGUAAUUUUAGAGUUAGGUAUAUUAAAGAGAAGACUAUUACCAAAAUCAAGACAUGAGGAGAUGAGUGAGUGCACAAGUUUCUCUGUUGCAGAACGAGUUAAAUAUUUUUGGAUGAAACCAAUGUUACGCAAUUGAAAGCGGACAGAUUUACAAAUACCUGUGACCUAAUUUCACAUUGACAUUUGGGAAUCAAAAAUGACACCAAGAUUGCGGCAAGAAUCAGAGAAAGGAACAUGAUUACUGGCAAUGAAAAUGGAGUGUAUGUUAAGUUUACUUAAUUGAGAUAUUAAAGCUUUUGUACAAAUUAUAUCAAUCGUAAAGUGGUUUUUUCAGAACAGUGUCAGAACUUUUUUUUUCUCUAAAUCAGUAACAAAUAGGCUACAUAAUUUCAAAACUAUUUGUUUGGUAUAGGCUUUCAAAUACUGUUUACAUUCUGCACAAGCAGCAUUGAAAUUUAUCAUGAACCAUGGGCAUUGUCAGAAGGCACGAAAAAUAAAUUAUUCACUAUCAUUUUGCAAACUUUAACUACAUGUAUGUCCGUUACUAGAGGCCACAAGCAUACUUGUAAACUAUGCCUGUUGCCCUUGGUAACCACCUUAGUUUGUUGUUUUGCCGGCAUGGUCAUAUAUAUGACCUCACUUUUGACCAAUCAGAGGGCUGGAUUACUUGACAUUCUUACAGAGAGGUGUACAUGUAUAAAUCAUAUAAUUAUUUUGUGCAAGGUUUGUUACACUGCAUGAAAUAAUUGUGUUUAGGCUCUUAAGUUCACAGACAAUAUUUGCAUAUUAGGGGAGAGAGAAUUUGUUCUUAAUUUUUAUCAAUCUCAAAAUAUGAAUUUCAGGAUAAACGUGUACAAUAUUCUCACCUCAAAACUGGGUUUUUCAUACAUACAUGUAUGUUGUUAUGUAGCCAUGGUGGUAUGGGGUUUGUUUAUGUGCUCAAAUUCCAUUUGUGUUUGUAAAUCACUAAACAUUUGACCCAUGGUGGAAGACAAGUUUUGCAUUGCAGUUGCCAAUAAAUUCAAUUCAAAUCAAUUUAA